AUGACAUUGAAACACAAAAACAACUCCAAGUGGGCAAAACGAGCCAUACAGCGUGGUUUGGCUAACCAGGACGAAGGAACUAGAGCUACUAUCUCUAAUCAGCUUAAUCAACAUGCAAUUUUGACCAGAAAAAUGAAGAGUAUGAACGACAGUAGUAGUAGUGACGACAGUAGUGAUUUUGAUGACGAUGACGAUCUUGAAGCUGUCGCAGACCAUGACGAGCCUGUGAAAUUAGUAAACAAGGCAAAAGAGAAGACCCUCAAAAUUAUAGAAGAUGAGGAUGAAGCUCCAAAAUCAGGAGUUCUUGCCUUACCUUUCAUGGUUCGGGGAAAUGAAAGGAGAAAAAAAGCAGUUGAUGAAGAAGCUAGGCUUGCACUUAAAGAGUAUGACUCAUCUUUGAGGGAGCUGGAAGAGAAUUCAGAUGAAGCAGAACGUUCGAAGAAAGCAACGUCAAGUGGUAGACGCGUUUUCGGUUCGGCAGCUAAAAAUCAGUCUGACGAUAAAUCAAAUAAGGUGGAUAGGGAUAGAAAUAGUGACAGUGAAGAUGAAUUUGCAACUGAAGAUUUUGGUGGUGCUGUAUCCGGCAGAAAUAUGUUGGUUUCACAGAAAAAUAUUCACAUUGAUCCUAAGAGUUUUAAUGAUAUUGUUGAAGAGCCUGGCCUGAAGACGACGUAUGAUGUUGCUAUUUUUGCGUCGAACUCCUUCAAGAAGAUGAAAAGUGAAAAUAAAAAAUCCAGUACCAAUAAAAAGAACUCAAAGGCAGUAGACCCUGCUUUGCCGCUUAAAGAGACCAAGGAGGAAGACGAGGAUAGUGGUAGUGAGAGCGGAGAAGAGAUGGUUGAUGGAAUUCUUACUUCUGGUACCAAGCAAGAAUAUAAACUUCCGUCUCAGGCAGAUCUUAUACGCAAUGCUUUUGCUGGUGAUGAUGUGGAGGAAGAGUUUGAGAAGGAAAAAUUAGAAACUCUGAAUGAGGAAAAUCCUGAACCUGAGAAGCCAACUCUAGUUCCAGGCUGGGGCCAGUGGACUCAUAUCCAAAAGAAGAAAGGUUUACCUUCUUGGAUGGUUGAAGAGCAUGCAAUUGCACAAAAGAAAAGGGAAGAUGCGCUAAAAGAGAGAAAAGAUUCGCAUCUCAAGCACGUAAUUAUUUCUGAGAGGCUUGACAAGAAGGCUGAGACGCUACAUACAGCGACAGUGCCGCAUCCAUACACAUCCAAAGAACAGUAUGAAGCAACACUUCGUGUGCCUCUUGGACCCGAGUUCAACCCAGCCACAAAAGUUGGAGCACUUAUCCGUCCUGAAGUAAGUCUCGUGAAUAAUACUGUAAACAAUUAGUGGUCAUACAAAAUUUUAUGCACUGAAUUCCGUGUCUCCUUUUUUCCUGCUAAAUUAAUGUUAUUAACAUAAAGAAUUGUUGAAACUCUAAAAUCCUUGAGUAAAUUAGAACAAGGAGAACAUAUAGGAAAGAAAA